CUGCCCAUGAUCGGCUUCAUCAAGACUACUUCGCCGAUGACUGUGUGUAUCCUCCAAAUUACUUUCGGCGCAGGUAUCGCAUGAGGCGACAACUUUUUUUGAGUAUUAUGCUUAGAUUAGGUGAAUACUCUCCGUAUUUCACCCAAAGAGAAGAUGCUCUGGGUCGACUCGGGCUCUCUCCCCUACAAAAGUGCACCGCAGCUCUGCGCUUGUUAGCCUAUGGAUCCGCUGCAGAUUCAAUAGAUGAGUACUUAAAGCUAGCUAGAUCAACUGCAUUAGACUGUCUAGAGAAGUUUUGUGAGGGUAUCAUUCAUUGUUAUGGGGAGGAGUUCUGUCGUCGACCAAAUGUCGUGGAUAUUCAGCGUCUACUAGUAAAAGCAGAAGAGCGUGGCUUUCCAGGCAUGCUAGGAAGUAUCGAUUGUAUGCAUUGGCAAUGGAGGAAUUGUCCGGUCGCCCAUGCCGGUCAAUUCACAAGGGGGGAUAUCAAAGAUCCCACCAUCAUCUUAGAAGCUGUUGCAUCGUAUGAUCGGUGGAUCUGGCAUGCUUUUUUUGGGGUGGCCGGGUCCAACAAUGACAUUAACGUACUGAAUCAGUCGCCAUUAUUCAAGGAUGUCCUUCAAGGUCAAGCACCCAUAGUGAACUUCAUGGUUAAUGGACAUGAACACAAUAUGGGAUACUAUCUUGCCGACGGCAUCUACCCUUCCUGGCCGGUGUUCAUCAAGGGUAUUCCGCUUCCACAAAGUGAGAAACAUCAGUUAUUCACAGAUGUUGAGUGCGCUUUUGGAGUGUUGAAAUCUCGGUUCAACAUUAUAGCAGUUCCUGGACGUUCUUACUCUCAACGUACUCUUGGUUUGAUCAUGCGUGCAUGUGUCAUUUUGAACAAUAUGAUCAUCGAUGACGAGCGUGAUGCCGAUUUAGACGAGACAUAUGAGACAGUUGAUUCUACAGUCGACCCGUCGAUCUACUACAAUGCAACCCCGAGCCUAGCAGUUAGGAUUCAAAUAGACAACGAGAUGACGGACACAUCGAUGUAUACACAACUACUAAAUGAUUUGGUUGAACAUGUAUGGAGACAUAAUAAUCAUUAG